AUGCCUAUCUAUCUAUCUAUCUAUCUAUCUAUCUAUCUAUCUAUCUAUCUAAAUGAAAUUUAUAUCGAGUUAUUGGCAGGAGACGUUAUCUCUCUUUCUUUCUUUCUCUUCAUCCUUUCUUUUCUGUCUCUUCAUUCUACUUUUCUUUCUUUCUUUCUCUUAGUUCUUUCUUUCUUUAUUUCUCGUCGUUCUUUAAUCUUUAUUUCUCGUCGUUCUUUCUUUCUUCUCUUCUUUCGUUCUUUCUUUCUCUUCGUUCGUUAUUUCUUUCUCGUCGUUCUUUCUUUCUUUCAGUUCUUUCUUUCAGUUCUUUCUUUCUUUCAGUUCUUUCUUUCUUUCUUUCUUCUCUUCUUUCGUUCUUUCUUUCUUCUCUUCGUUCGUUCUUUCUUUCUCGUCAUUCUUUCUUUUUUUCUUUCUCUUCGUUCUUCUUUUCUUUCUUUCUUCUCUUCUUUCGUUAUUUCUUUAUUCUCUUCGUUCGUUCUUUCUUUCUCGUCGUUCUUUCUUUCUUUCACUUCGUUCUUUCUUUCUUUCUUCUCUUCUUUCGUUCUUUCUUCUCUUCUUUCGUUCUUUCUUUCUCAUCGUUCUUUCUUUCUUUCUCUUCGUUCGUUCUUUCUUUCUUUCUUCUCUUCUCUUCUUUCGUUCUUUCUUUCUUCUCUUCUUUUCGUUCUUUCUUUCUCGUCGUUCUUUCUUUCUCUUCGUUCUUUCUUUCUUUCUUCUCUUCUUUCGUUCUUUCUUUCUUCUCUUCUUUCGUUCUUUCUUUCUCGUCGUUCUUUCUUUCUUUCUCUUCGUUCUUUCUUUCUUUCUUUCUUUCUUUCUUCUCUUCUUUCGUUCUUUCUUUCUCGUCGUUCUUUCUUUCUUUCUUUCUCUUCGUUCGUUCUUUCUUUUUUAUUUCUUCUCUUCUUUCGUUCUUUCUUUCUUCUCUUCGUUCGUUCUUUCUUUCUCGUCGUUCUUUCUUUCUUUCUUUCUUUCUUUCUUUCUUUCUUUCUCUCUUUCUUUCUUUCUUUCUUUCUUUCUUUUCUUUCUUUUGUUCGUUCUUUCAUUCAUCCGUCGUUCGUUCUUUCUUUCGUUCGUUCGUUCGUUCGUUCGUUCGCAAGAAAUGAUCUAUCUAUCUAUCUAUCUAUCUAUCUAUCUUAA